UACUGUAAGAAAAUGGAUGAAGGUGAUGACAAGAAUGGAGGUGGUUCCGGUGAGUUGGUGAAAGCAAAGCAAUAAUGUCCAAAGAAUUCUGUAAUGCUUCGCCUUGCUUCCCGCUCUUCCUGUUUCCUUUUCUGCAGAAUCGUUCAAUUUCCUCUUCCAUUUUCCAUGGUUCUAUUUCAACAGUUCUUCUCUCUCUCUCUCUUCCUUCUCUUUCGGAUCAUCUCCCGUUUCCCCCCUUGUCCCAUUUCCCAUUCUCAAUCAACAAGAAUCUUUCAUUCUUCGCAUUUUCACUCAUACCCAUUUCCCCAUUUCUCCUCUAAUCCACCUUUCUUUCCACCCCUUUCAUGGACGAUCGGAUUGAAGACGAUGAACGGGAGGCGUUGGCGGGGUUGAGCUCCGUCCCUCCUCCUCGGAAAUCCCAUUCUUACAGCCAGCAGCUCCGAGCUGCUUCCGAUCAGAAGCGUCACCAGAUUCGCAAGCAUAGUUUGGAUGAGGACCAGAUUCCCAAAGUUAUGGAUGCUUACUACGAUUCUUCUGAUGAUGAAUUCCUUCCCUAUUCAACCACGUCGGCCAUUGGAGGUGAGGAAUUUCCCUCCCAGAGAUUGGACCAGAAUCUCUGUAUGGACGGCGGUGGAGGCUUCGAUGAUUCACGCCAAUCGCAGGCAUUGGCGGAGUUCGUCGGCAGCGGUGGCUCCACUGGGGUUUUCAAGGUUCCGAUUCGCGCCGCCGUUCAUCCUGGCCGGCCGACGUGCUUAGAGCUGAGGCCGCAUCCAUUGAGGGAGACACAGGUAGGGAAAUUCUUGAGGAAUAUUGUGUGUACAGAGACGCAGUUAUGGGCAGGGCAGGAAUGUGGGGUUCGGUUCUGGAAUUUUGAGAAUGCUUAUGAAGCUGGCAGUGGACUGGGUGGGAGGGUGAGAAGGGGCGAUGAAGACGCUGCCCCUUUUUAUGAAUCUACCAACACCUCCCCCACCAUGUGUUUGAUUGUUGACAAUGGGAACAGAUUGGUUUGGAGUGGCCAUAAGGAUGGGAAGAUCAGAUCAUGGAAGAUGGAUCAGUCUUUGGAUGACAUGCCUUUCAAGGAAGGGCUUUCAUGGCAAGCCCAUCGUGGUCCUGUUCUUGCUAUGACCAUAACUGCUUAUGGUGAUCUGUGGUCAGGUGCUGAGGGUGGUAUUAUUAAGGUCUGGCCAUGGGAAGCAAUUGAAAAGUCUCUAUGUCUUUCGUCAGGGGAAAGGCAUAUGGCUGCUUUACUUGUAGAGAGGUCAUAUAUUGACCUGAGGAGCCAAGUAACAGUUAAUGGUGUCUGUAGUAUAUCUUCUCAAGACGUAAAGUGCUUGUUAUCUGAUAAUGUUAAAGCCAAAGUUUGGUGUGCUGGGGCCCUAUCCUUCUCACUGUGGGAUGCUCGAACAAGGGAGCUUGUUAAAGUUUUUAGUGUAGAUGGUCAGACUGAGACUCGAGUUGAUUUGCUAACAACCCCUCAAGAUCAAACAGUGGAAGAUGAGAUGAAAGUAAAAUUUGUUUCCACAUCCAAAAAAGAAAAACCACAAGGCUUUCUCCAGAGGUCUCGCAAUGCCAUAAUGGGAGCUGCAGAUGCUGUUCGUCGGGUUGCAAAGGGAGCUGGGGCAUUUACAGAAGAUAUCAAGAGAGUAGAGACAUUAAUACUGGCCAAGGAUGGCAUGAUUUGGAGUGGAUGUACAAAUGGCAUGUUAGUGCAGUGGGAUGGAAAUGGUAACCGGUUGCAAGAUUUUAACCACCACCCUUAUGCUGUUCAGUGCUUCUGUGCCUUUGGGACGCGGAUGUAUGUGGGUUAUGUGAGUGGAGUUAUCCAAAUAGUGGAUCUUGAGGGGAACCUAGUUGCAGGAUGGGUUGCUCACAGUAGCCCUGUGCUAAAAAUGGCUGUGGGUGCAGGAUAUGUUUAUAGCUUGGCUAGCCAUGGUGGGAUUCGUGGCUGGAACAUGACUUCUCCAGGACCUAUUGAUAACAUAAUACGGACAGAACUGGCUGCCAGAGAGGGGUCAUACACAAGAAAACAAAAUGUCAAAAUGCUGGUUGGCACAUGGAAUGUGGGACAAGGAAGAGCCUCUCAUGAAGCACUGAUGACAUGGUUGGGUUCUGCUGUCUCGGAUGUUGGCAUUGUUGUUGUUGGAUUGCAGGAAGUAGAGAUGGGUGCAGGUUUUCUUGCCAUGUCUGCUGCAAAAGAAACUGUAGGACUUGAAGGCAGUGCGGUAGGACAAUGGUGGAUUGAUACCAUUGGAAAAGCCUUGGAUGAAGGGACAACUUUUGAACGCAUGGGUUCCAGGCAAUUGGCUGGCUUGCUUAUUUCUCUUUGGGUGAAGAAAAAUCUUAGAACACAUGUUGGAGAUGUUGAUGCGGGAGCAGUUCCCUGUGGUUUUGGUCGUGCGAUCGGUAAUAAGGGAGGUGUAGGUUUGAGAAUCAGAGUCUAUGAUAGGAUAAUAUGCUUUGUGAACUGUCACUUGGCUGCACACUUGGAAGCAGUAAAUCGUCGAAAUGCUGAUUUUGACCACAUCUAUCGAAACAUGGUCUUCAACCGCUCAUCUAGCCUUCUAAAUAAUGCAGCUGGUAUGGUGCCAUACCUGUUUUUGUCUUGCUCUCUUGCCUUCUCCACAUAUUUAUUUUGGCUGCUUUACUCUUCUGGCUUGCCGUUGGCCCUCUCUAUUGCAGCUGGUGUCUCAACUUCUGUUCAUACGCUUCGGGCUACAAAUGUUGCUGCCGUCAAUCCUGAAGAACCAAAACCUGAGUUAUCUGAUGCAGACAUGGUUGUGUUUCUGGGUGAUUUCAAUUACCGGCUCUUUGGCAUAUCAUACGAUGAAGCACGAGACUUUGUUUCCCAGAGAUGCUUUGACUGGCUUAGAGAAAAGGAUCAGCUUAGGGCUGAGAUGAAAAAUGGGAAAGUUUUCCAAGGCAUGCGUGAGGCACUCAUUAGAUUCCCUCCUACAUACAAGUUUGAAAGGCAUCGGCCCGGCUUAGCAGGAUAUGAUGCUGGCGAGAAGAAACGUAUUCCUGCCUGGUGUGACAGAGUAAUAUAUCGCGACAAUAGGUUCACUCCAGCAUCAGAAAGUAGUUUAGAAUGCCCUGUAGUAUCAUCUGUUUUAUUGUACGAGGCCUGCAUGGAAGUGACUGACAGUGAUCACAAACCUGUUAGAUGUAAAUUCAACAUUCAGAUUUCCCAUGCUGAUAGGUCAGUGAGGAGAAAAGAGUUCGGGGACAUUAUUAAAACUAAUGAGAAAGUGAAAUCUAUUUUCGAAGAAUUAUUAUACAUUCCGGAAACCAUUGUCAGCACCAACACUAUAAUUCUACAAAACCAGGAGUCAUCUGUUUUCUACAUAACCAAUAAGUGCGUGAAAGAUGAGGCUACUUUUAGUAUAAUCUGCGAAGGUCAAUCCUCAAUCAAGGAUGAAGGUGAAACGCGUGAUUAUCAUCCAAGAGGCGCCUUUGGCUUUCCUCGGUGGCUUGAGGUAACACCAGCUGCAGGAAUAAUUAAACCUGAGCAAUCUGUAGAGAUAUCGGUACACCAUGAAGAAUCCCACACCCUUGAAGAGUUUGUUGAUGGCAUCCCACAAAACUGGUGGUGCGAAGACACACGAGACAAGGAAGUUAUGUUAACUGUCACUGUACAAGGAAGUUGCUCGACUCGAUCAUUCAGUCACCAAGUCCGUGUUCGCCAUUGCUUCUCAAACAAGACAGUUCGCGUUGACUCUAAAUCCAACAGUACUAAGAAAGCUUAAAAGAUUCUUUGAUUCUUUGGCAAUUUUUUCUCAUUUGGUCCAUAGCCUUCCUAUGCUCAAAAACAGUCUUUGAAAAUCUGGAACGAAAGAACCAUGAUACUACGAGUUAGGUAAUUGCAUAUUUUCUACAUUUCUUAGGAAAUCAAAAUUGUGAGGAAUCUUUUGCAAUUUUAGUUAACCAGUAAGUAUGCAUUUUUAUGUAAAUAGCCUGGCAACUGUUUUAGCCAUCUUAGUACAGGUGCCACUAUGCUCAGCUUAUACUUUGAUCAUAUCAGAUUCUUUCCAGUUAAAAGAUCAUGUAAUUUGUAGAUCAUUUUCUUCAA